UGCCGCGCUCUUGCCGCCGAGUGACGUUUUCGUAUGUCUGGGAAACAUCGGGCAAUAUUUCGACUAUCGCACGGAAUUUACAACAAUAAGCAGUCAGGAGCAGAAAAGGCGCUACAGAGAGGAGUUCACCAGGAACUACGAUGAAUACUGCAGGUUGCACUCCCAAGUGCUCGUAAUCGCGAACCGCUUCACGCAUUUGUAUACACUAUUGCAAAGUCAAAAGGCAGCGGGCAACGUGCUCGAAAGCGUGGAAACCACCGAGAAGAUAGUUCGCGAGUACAAGGAAAUUAAGCAGAAUCGGGUGUACAAGCAGAUGAAGGAACGGUUCGACUAUCUGCACAAUAAACUGAGCCAUAUAAAACGUCUGAUCUUGGAGUACGAGACUGAGCUCCGAGAAAGAAUGACUGCGAAUAGCAUUGAUAGUGGUAUACUUAGCUCCACCGGCUCCGUGAAUGGCAUCGGCAGCAACAACACCGGAGGCAUCGACAAUCGGCAUUACUGACAUAAACUGAAAAGACCGCCUCUUAUUCCUCCCCUCCUCCUUGAUACUGUCAACGUUGUUGCCGUAGAAACUGCAUUUCCGCGGCAAGUGCUAAGGCUGAUCUUUCACGGUCCACAUGGUUCCUGUGUUCCAUCGCCGAAAAAAAGUCAAGCGACUCCAAAUGGCUCGAGGUUGCAAGAUCUCGUGUACGAUGUUUAUCGUAAAGCAUCUCGCGACGGUGAAUAUUACGCAUCGCACGCGAAAUACUCUUCCUGCGAAUCUUCCUCACGUCUCCGUUGCACGAGGCGACGAUUUCCACGACGGCGACAACCCCGCCGAUUCUCGUCAUCACGGUAAGGCUCGCGCGCGCCAACUUCGACUAAUACUAUUUUGCAAGUGGUGAAGGCUGAUGACAAUCGAGUACAUUCAAGAAAUAGGCAAACAAGAAGACCCAUACCCAUUCGGAAGUCCAUCGAGACAUGGAAAAUAAGGGCAUUCUGACCAUCUACGAACGUAAAGUAAAAGUGUGCGAUGGCGUAUGGAGAUUUUAAAGCUGGUCCCGUGACGACUGACGAGGAAGACGUUGUAGAAAAUCGAAGAGAGAAGGCGCAACCGGAAAGAAGUAGUUAUACUCUGUAAUAAGUUACUUACCGUGCGCACGUCCAAGUGUGUCGUCCACUUUAAGAGUACGUAAAUAAGAGAAAAGUAACAAAAAAAAAUGAUAUGAUUGUGAGAAGAGGGUCCAAGAGAUAAUAAGGCUUACCGCGUGCCACGUCCGGGUUUCUUUUUGUCCGCCGGAAGGAGGAAAGAAAACUGGCUCGCAAGACACUUAUAACAUAUACAAUUUUAUCCAUGAGCUGGCACGAAUCUCUCGCGCGCGAUUCGUGCGUUGCUCGUCGCAACUUGAGAAAGGGCUUAAAAAAAAAAA